GGUCUAUUUAAAACCCACCAACUCUUCAUUCAGCUGUUAGAACUGUCUCUAAGUGCACGGCCAGACUUGAUUCCUUAGGUUGUUUAAACCUAAAAGAUUUCACUGCAAUGCAAUGGCACCCAACGACAGCAAAGGAGAAAUGAAACCAGCUAAAAGAGCCAUUAAAAAAAUUAAAACGGCAGCUUUGGUUUCCAGCUUAACAAAAGGAUGGCAACAGUGGGCAGUUGAACAUUCAACCAAGCAAGCUCAGGAACCUUCCGGAUGGGUUCCAAACACGGAUGGGGAUGUAGAAGUAAAAUACCAAAAACCAGAGGUGAAGAUAAAACAACCACAAAAAGAAGACUUGCACGACUCAAUUCACUUGGAUGACAAAGAAACAUCAAUCAAGACUGUAGCCGUGACCAAAAGUUUUUCGGCCAAAGCCCAGGAAAAAGGAAUGGAUAUAGGUGCUUUAACUGACAGAUAUGAAAAAGACCCAAGUUCUCAAAAUCAAAAUACAUAUGAUGCAAUGGUGGAUAAAAUAUUGAAAAGGUCCGCAUCACCAACUAGAAGAAGAAAAUGUUCCAAUAUUGUCUCUCAGCUCACAAAAAGUUGGAAGGAUGUGGAGGACGGAGGAGAACUUGUGUCGCCCCCAGAAACUGACCAAAAACUCAAAGACAUUGUUGAAAGCACAGAUGUGGAAAAUGGCGAACAUCUGGGCCAUGGAAAGAAUACAGAAGAUAAUUUAGAAAACCUCACCUCAAGUAAUGAGAAUGCUGCUAGGAUAAAGCGACCAUCCUCUUCAGUGUAAGUUCCCUUGAAAUGAGUAAUGAAAACAAUUAUGUCUGUCUGUCUGUCUGUUUUUUAGUCUGCCUAAUGGAUGAACAGCAUAUGAGAAUAGUAACCCUUUAGUAUGCAGCCUUCACAUGCUACACCAGAGAACUCAUUUAAUCAAGGCAGUUGCUUUGAGAUAAUUGUUGGACUGACUUCGGCUUGCAACAUAUGAAUUCUUGAAACUGGCAACUAUUUUCACAUAAUUCCAUUAGAAUGUGGAAGCGAUAUAGUGGAUUUAGCAAACCUACAAUGGAUAUGUUGCAUGUGUCCUUCAACAGUAAAUACGCCGAUGACAGAUCCUAUGAUAUGUUUUAUAUAUUAUACAUGGUAUUAUACCAUGUGCAAGGAAUGGGUUAUAAAGGCAGUAUGAUGGCAGAACCUCCUUUAGAAUGGAAAAUUAAGUAAAGUAAGAUUUCUGUGUGUUUGUUUUGUAUAUAUAAGGCCUAAAUAAAUACUAUAAGUGCUGUAUAGCUGAUGCAGGGUCCUUUUCUCAACUUGAUUGCUAAAGAUGAGAAAGACUUGACGGGGAAGAGAGUAAAUAUUACUGACAACUUCAUUAUACGCAGUUAAGAUGGGAAUAUUGCAACAUAACUAUUACGGUCAAACAGUUUAUCAAUUAGCUGGUACCAUCACAUUUUCUUAGGGUUAGUUGCACGCCUGUCUUUCAUCAAAGUAUGAAAGAUAACCUUUAAAAUGGUCUCAAAGGGCAAUUCUACUCAGGAGAUAAGUAGGCCUUUAAUUAUCUUUAAACUCCUGCUAUCAUGCCUUUGAUGUUUCCAAUUGCAAUCGUUUGAUAUUGAUGAACAAACUUAUCAUUGCAGGACAGCAGGGAGCAGACAUUUUGAUUUUAUGUUGGAACACUUUAAGGCGCUUUAGAUGUAACGCUGGAUGUAAGUGUUAUUUAUACAUUAUGGUAAAUUUGAAAAAAAAACUUUAUUCACUGAAUUUUUUAAUUCAAUUAAUAAGGUUUAUUUCAAAUGUACUAUAACAGAUACAGAACAUAUUUAUGGCAGAGAUAACGAUGAAAUAAAAACUUUCAGUCCAGUGUGUACAUUCUAGAAUUCACAGGCGGAAAAAUAUACUAGCCCACACCUCAAAACUAACCAUAAGCAUUGUCAAUGUGCUCGUCCGUGAUUUAUAGAAUAGUGGAGAAGGUGGUAUAUCUGCUAUGGGCAGGGCGAUAUGGGAAAGGGGAACAUGUUACUUCACUUCAUCUACAUUGUGGCUGCUCGUGGUGUCAUCUUUUUUCACUUGAGAAUCAAAAUACCUGAUCCUAGUAAUUUUAAUGUUUUAAUAUAGAAAAUACAUUGUCCAUGAAACCCCAAUGUACCUGCAGCUCAUGCCCAGAGGUGAUAAUCAUGAGCUAAUACCCUAACAAUCAUCGCAUGGACAUAGUUCUAACAUGACGUGGGGGUCACUGAAUGAUUCAAGCGGGUACACUGCCUACCAUCGGAAUGGUGAAUCGUUCACACAGCUGGCAGCUUAUUAUCAAGGUUUUGUAAAUAGAUUUAGAUGUUUUUGACUGUAGCUCCCCUUUAAAGGGACACUAUAGUCACCUGAACAACUUUAGCUUAAUGAAGCAGUUUUGGUGUACAGAACAUGCCCCUGCAACCUCACUGCUCAAUCCUCUGCCAUUUAGGAGUUAAAUCCCUAUGUUUAUAAACCCUAGUCACACCUCCCUGCAUGAGACUUGCACAGCCUUCCAUAAACACUUCCUGUAAAGAGAGCCCUAUUUAGGCUUUCUUUAUUGUAAGUUCUGUUUAAUUAAGAUUUUCUUAUCCCUUGCCAUGUUAAUAGCUUGCUAGACCCUGCAAGAGCCUCCUGUAUGUAAUUAAAGUUCAAUUUAGAGAUUGAGAUACAAUUAUUUAAGGUAAAUUACAUCUGUUUGAAAGUGAAACCAGUUUUUUUUCAUGCAGGCUCUGUCAAUCAUAGCCAGGGGAGAUGUGGUUAGGGCUGCAUAAACAGAAACAAAGUGAUGUAACUCCUAAAUGACAGUGAAUUGAGCAGUGAAAUUGCAGGAGAAUGAUACAUACACUAAAACUGCUUUAUUUAGCUAAAGUAAUUUAGGUGACUAUAGUGUUCCUUUAAGUUUAUAAAGUGUAAUUAGUCCUAAUUAGCCCAGAAGAUUAUUGUUCUGACAUUCACAUUUUAUUAUAUGUGUAGAUAUUUCAAUAUAGCAAAAUGUAUUCAUAGGUCUUCAUUUUGUACAGAGCUGCAGAAAAUGUUGCUACUCAAGACAUAAUAGUUGGUUUUAGAAUUAUUAUGUUUGCCUUCUAAUGCUGAGACAAUCAUUUUCAUGACUCAAUUGAAUUCACCUUUUUUUCCUAGCUCAGAAAAUGUUUCAUUUGUAAUAAUUGUGCCACCUAGUGGUCUUUAUAAUAACAUUCCUCUCCCUCUAUGUGUUUUAGUAACAAGGCAGCAGCAGAACUUAACAGCAUCAACAAAGCUUACAAGAGAUAUAGCCCUGUGAAUAACAUAAAAGGUCAAUGGGAGAACUGGUCAAGUCAACACUCUCUGACUCAGAAAUUAAAUCCAUUCAGCGAUGAGUUUGAUCAUGAAUUUGCAAUGUCCAUACGACUCCAGAAGGGUGAUGAUGGCUAUGGACGGCCAAAAGAAGGAACCAAGACAGCUGAACGAGCAAUGAGAGCAGAGGCACAUAUUCACCGUGAGAUGAAAGAUCUGUGUUUCAUAAUUAGGACAAUGACUGAGCCUCAGAAGGAUGGUACAAUCUGUGUGACGUUUGGCGAGCUUUUCGAUCGAUACGUGCGCAUUUCGGAUAAAGUGGUUGGAAUCCUACUUAGGGCCAGAAAACACAACAUGGUGGACUUUCAAGGUGAAAUGCUGUGGCAGGGCAGAGACGAUGAUGUAAUAAUAACUUUAUUAUAACAAACUGAAAUGUUUGCAUCUUACCUUAUGAGAUGUGGACAGAGGAAGAGCUCUAGAACUGGUCUAUUUUUUAUAUAUUUAUUUCAUUUUUAAUUACAACAAAUUAUAAGAAUUGAGGCCUGAGCAAAUUAUACUCGUUUUACUCGAAAUUUAUUUUUCUAGCUACCUUUUCGUCUUUUCUUCUGACCUGGUUCCAUACCUGGUCACAAUAGAUGAACAUUGAACACUUCACGCAUCUUGACACCUUUUAUGUAUAUUAAAGCUUGUUGUAAACAAACAUAACUAUUUUUAUAUGCAUUCUUAAAACUGUCCAUGACUGAUGACUGUGUGGUCCAUGAUAAUACAGGAUUUUCUAUAUGAAAUGAGUGAGUAUGAAUGGUUGUGAGUUCACAUGCACACUCACUAUUUAUCCCAUAGCCACAGAACUCCAGGGAUUGGCUGACACAUUUCACCUAAUUCCUGGUUUCAACAACGCAAAACAAAUUCUACACCUGCAUCCAUUAAAUCCGUAGUGGAACCAGAAACUCAGCGAAUUGAAAUGUAUAUUUUUGAAUGCAUAGUUUAAAAUAACACUAAUUAAAAUGCUUUUUUAAAUUUAAUUUUAUUAGAUGUGUUCCUUAAUUAUUUCACGCUGACAGGAUGCCCAUUUGUUAAAAAAAGAAAGAAAGAAAAACAUAAAAACUAUAAACAAACUUAUCUGAUG